AUGAAGUUAAGACAGAGAGCCGUUAUCUCCGGUAUAGGACUCACUACAUUAACACUACUUUAUAUAUUUGUUGAAACUGUUCACAAAGUGAAUCCUGACAAACUACCUGUGUUUAUAAAGAAUUCGUUGUCUAACACCGGUCAACAUUAUGACGCUUCACAUAUUUCUGCAAUUCGAAAGCGGCUAAAUAAGAGUAAUUACACUAGUGAUGACUUCAGCCCCGAGGGAGGGGGCGAUAAAGUCCAGGGGGUAGAGAAAAAUGCCCUACCAUCAUCAGAUGAUCGACGACCUCGUAAAGACGGAGUCGAAAAGUGGGUUGUUUCACCUCUUUCGAUGAGAAUCAAUGAAACGGAUUCAGAAGUGGAUAUGCUACUACAAAAACUAGAAAGUUUUGACAGACGUAAAUACGAUUUUACAAAAAUAGAAAGCAUGCCUUACUACGAUUAUUUAAAAACACUAAGGAAGCGAAUAAAACGACGAGGAACUAGUUUGGAUGCUUUCAGAACUUUUCUAGGGUCUUUAACAACGAGCUGGGAAAAGUUCCACAGGGGCAUCCACCAGUAUCAUCUUUACAAUCCUGACGACUCGACCGUGGAGGAUCUUCUUAGGGACGUCGCCCAGGAACCUAUCGUCGACGUCGAAUUGAAAGAAGGCGGUACACAAUUGAAGCUGAUUAUAACAUUCAGUGAUGAAGGUCAGGCUUUGUUUAAACCCAUGAGGCACCCCCGGGAACAGGAGACGCUUCCAAACCAUUUCUACUUCAGUGACUACGAACGCCAUAAUGCGGAAGUAGCUGCAUUCCAUCUUGACAGAGUCCUAGGUUUCUACCGUGUCCCACCUACUGCUGGCAGAGUUGUGAAUAUGACGAGGGAUAUAAAGCGUUUAGCAGACCACAAAUUAGCCAAGACAUUUUUCAUAUCUCCAGCCAACAAUCUUUGUUUCCAUGGCAGUUGCUCAUAUUAUUGCGACACAGGCCAUGCCAUCUGUGGAACCCCAGAUUUACUUGAAACAUCAAUGGCGGCCUUUCUUCCGCCGGAAAAAAUAGCGCCUCGCAAGACAUGGCGUAACCCAUGGAAACGGUCAUACAGCAAACAUCGCAAGGCCUACUGGGAGGUGUAUGAUGAUCUAUGCGAUAAAGUGAAGUUAAAAUCUCCAUAUAAUACAGGUCGCCGUCUGCUGGAUCUGAUGGACACACAUAUAUUUGACUUCUUGACAGGUAAUUUGGACAGACAUCACUAUGAAACAUUCAAAGAUUUUGGCAACGACACCUUCCAUCUCCACCUGGAUAACGGACGAUCAUUUGGAAAGUGGCGACAGGACGACAUGAGUAUCCUUGCUCCGGUAUUCCAGUGUUGCAAAAUAAGAUAUUCCACGUUCAUGAAGCUCGCCAAAUUCUACAUUGGACCAGACAAAGUUUCAACAUUAAUGAAAGCAUCCACGUCACGUGACAAAAUAUUCCCGGUCCUCAUCGAGAAUCAUCUGUUAGCGCUGGAUAGACGUGUUAUCAAGAUUCUGAAAGAGAUAAACAUAUGUAUACAGAACGGAAAUGAUAUCAACGAUGUGAUAGAAGAUGAUCAUUUCUGA